AUGAGGACACUAUUAUGCAUUACAGCAGUUUCUUUGUGGCUAAUAACCUUCGUAAAGGCCUAUCCAGUUGCAUUUACCUCGGAUCCUAUCUGUAUUGCUCCUCCAAAUAAAUCGAUGUUCUCGCAAACUUUUCAGUCGUUGUUUAGGGUUAAGAAAUUACCUAAAAUCCUACAACCUAUUCCACCGAAGUUCACUGGAUUUCGAUUUCACAAAUCUUACUCAUUUAAUCAUCGGUUUUUCAAGGCACGAAAAACACUUAAGGUGAGUUAUUGCCGUGAUGGUAUCUUGCAAUUUCAAAUUGAGCAUGGGUUAGGUGAUGAGAUUGACUGGAAUAUGCCGUUUUGCAUUUAUAACAAGGCGCCGACGGUCGGUAAUACUAUCAAAGAGGAGGCUAUAUUAAACCUUAAUGAGGUAAAUUGCUUCAAGCUAGCAAGAAGAAAGAAAUAUGCCAAGCGUACUUUUGAUAUAUUUUUGCCGGAUACUUGGGUGGGUGGUAUAUUCCACUGUAAUGUUACAUCUGAUGUUAAGGCAAAACUAGUGGAAAACAUGAAUGACCAUCUCGACCUUAAACAACCUAUUCCGGAAAAGGGUAGUCUUAACGUCUCUGGAGUCUGCACAAGAGAAAAUUCUAUACCAUUACAGCCUUUAAUGUCUUCAGAUUACCAACAGUAUUGGACUAAUUAUAGGUCUCAAAGUAAAAUUCCCCUAGUAAGUCAAAUAUACAAAAUGCAAGUGGAAAAAAUAAUUCCAUUCUUUGAAACGCCUAUAAACAUACAAAAUCAGGGACGAAUUGAUUGGGGAGCUCCUCUUGAGGAUCAGUUCUCAUCGAUCUUUGACUUUUGGAGGAAUAGCAGUAAACGACCAUGGUACGAAGAAUUGGAGGUAAGGGAGCUGUAUACAUACGGAGAAGAUGAAAAACUAGCUAUUUCAAGAUUAAAGGAAAAGACUAAAAGUAUAUUGAAACCCUUUUUAUCUUUUCACCGUUCCCUUAAAUCUUAUAUGGCAUUAAAUACAAAUAAACCGGGCUUCUCCAGAAAAGCCUUGUACAGAUUACAGAAAUCGGCGUCACAGUGGAAAAGGAAUACAUGGGAUCGCUUCGGUAUAUCUGAUAAAAUACUAACAAUGUUAGGACCAGAAGCUUAUGAAGCUACAAGAGAAAUAAAGGAGUUAUGGGACAAUUUAACUGUUGUUCGAGAAACCUUUGAAUAUGGUCAGCCACAGAUUGCCGAACAACAAAGUAAAUACACGGUAGGAUGCCAAGUGACAGAUCCAUUUGAAGAAAAUGAAUAA